CUCCGUCCAUGCUAAUCCGCUCCUCCGCCCAGAUCUCCGCUAAAGAGUGGCCCUCGCUGCUCUCACGAGGUGCCCCGCGAUCCUCCGACCCCCACCAACCCCCACCAACCCCACCUCAACCCGGUCGCCUAGCAUGGGCCUAACCGAGGAAUUCGACGACCGACAGAUCCAUAUCGACGCUGAGCAACAGACCUACAGCCCAUUCGAGUAUCAGACUGAGAACAAUGACUCUUGGGCUGGCGCGCUGCCGGUGAAGCAGGGUCUGUAUGACCCUUCCCUCGAGAAGGAUGCCUGUGGUGUCGGUUUUGCCUGCCACAUCAAGGGCAAGGCUAGCCACAAGAUUGUCAGCGAUGCUCGAAACCUUCUGUGCAACAUGACCCAUCGCGGUGCCGUGGGUUCGGAUGCUCGAGAUGGUGACGGUGCCGGUGUCAUGACAUCUAUCCCCCACCGGUUCUUUAUCAAGAACUUUGAAAAGGAGGAGGACAUUAAGUUGCCCCCUCUAGGCCAGUACGCUGUUGGAAACUUGUUCUUCAAGCCCGACGAGGAGACUCUUGACGAGUCCAAGAGGCAGCUGGAAGAUGUUGCCGACUCAUUGGGCCUCCGAGUUUUGGGAUGGCGGCGGCCCCCCGUCGACUCGACCCUUCUUGGACCCGCCGCAAAGUCGCGCGAGCCCAUCAUCCUCCAGCCCUUCGUUGUCCUCGUCUCUGCCUAUGGCACUGGCGUUGCUCCUGAAGAGACCGACCCGGAGAAAUUUGACGACCGCCAAUUCGAGCGACAGUUGUACAUUCUGCGGAAGCGUGCUACCCAGAGCAUCGGUCUGCACAACUGGUUCUACAUCUGCUCCCUGUCUAACAAGAACAUUGUUUACAAGGGUCAGCUAGCCCCCGUUCAGGUUUACUCAUACUACCACGAUCUGGUCAACGCCGACUACGAGGCUCACUUUGCCCUCGUCCACUCUCGGUUUUCGACCAACACCUUUCCCUCCUGGGACCGUGCUCAGCCCCUGCGAUGGGCUGCCCACAACGGUGAAAUCAAUACCCUGCGUGGAAACAAGAACUGGAUGCGCGCUCGCGAGGGUGUCAUGCAGUCUGACAUCUUCAAGGAUGAGCUGGAGCUCAUGUACCCCAUUGUUGAGGAAGGCGGUUCUGAUUCCGCUGCCUUUGACAACGUCCUUGAGCUUCUGACCAUCAACGGUGUCCUUUCCCUCCCCGAGGCCGUCAUGCUGAUGGUCCCCGAGGCGUGGCAGGGUAACCAGGACAUGGACCCUAAGAAGGCUGCAUUCUACGAAUGGGCCGCUUGCCAGAUGGAGCCCUGGGACGGUCCCGCGCUCUUCACCUUUGCCGACGGUCGUUACUGCGGUGCCAACCUGGACCGAAACGGUCUCCGACCUUGCCGAUUCUACGUCAUGGACGAUGACCGCAUCAUCUGUGCCUCUGAAGUCGGAACCAUCCCCGUUGAGCCCGAGUCCGUUAUCCAAAAGGGCCGUCUGCAGCCCGGCCGAAUGCUCUUGGUCGAUACUCAGGCCGGUCGCAUCAUCGACGACAAGGAGCUGAAGGAAGCCGUCGCGAGUCGACAAGACUUCCGUGCUUGGCUUGAUAGUGAAUUGAUUACCCUGCCAAAGGUCCUCGAGACUGCCGAGCAGUCCAAGGACCUGGCGCCCAAGUUGGAUGACAAGACCCUCCAGUCUGAUCCCCUCCUGCUCUCCUUUGGCUACACCCAUGAGCAGGUUAGUUUGCUGCUUGCUCCCAUGGCUGCUGACGAGAAGGAGGCUCUGGGUUCCAUGGGUAACGAUGGCCCUCUGGCCUGCUUGACCCAAGCCCCUCGCCUCCUCUAUGAUUACUUCCGACAGCUCUUCGCCCAGGUUACUAACCCCCCCAUCGACCCCAUCCGAGAGUCCAUCGUCAUGUCGCUGGAGUGUUAUGUUGGCCCCCAGGGCAACUUGCUUGAGAUGCAUCCCUCCCAGUGCGGCCGUCUCUUGCUGCCCAGCCCCAUCCUGUCCAUCCAAGAGUUCAAUGCUAUCAAGACCUUGCCCGAGACGUACUCCAAGUGGACUGUCAAGACUAUUGACUUGACCUUCCCCAAGUCCGAGGGUGUCCAGGGUUAUCUGAAGCACCUCGACUACAUCUGCAAUGAGGCUACUGCUGCCAUCGAGGCUCAUGAUCGUAUCAUUGUGCUCUCCGACAGAAACACCAGCGCCGACCGCAUCCCCGUUUCAGCCGUCCUGGCUUCCGGUAUGGUCCACCACCAUCUCGUCAGCAACAAGUGGCGAUCUAUGGCUGCUCUUGUCGUCGAGACUGCCGAGGCCCGUGAAGUGCACCACAUGUGUGUGCUCCUCGGAUAUGGUGCUGAUGCUGUCAACCCCUACCUCGCUAUGGAGUGUAUCCUCAAGUUGAACCGUGAAGGUCUCAUCAAGAAGAAGCUCACCGACGAUGCCCUCAUCCGCAACUACAAGCACUCUUGCGACGGCGGUAUUCUGAAGGUCAUGAGCAAGAUGGGUAUCUCUACCCUCGCCUCUUACAAGGGUGCUCAGAUCUUUGAGGCUCUUGGUCUCGACGAGACCGUUGUUGAGCGAUGCUUCAGGGGCACUGCCUCGCGUAUCCAGGGUAUUACCUUUGAGCUCAUUGCCGAGGAGGGUUUCCGAUUCCACGAGCGUGGUUUCCCCUCGCGAUACACUGUUGGCGUCUCUGGUCUUCCCGAGUCUGGCGAGUACCACUGGCGUGACGGCGGCGAGCCUCACGUCAACGACCCCACCUCCAUUGCCAACAUCCAGGAUGCCGUUCGCACCAAGAACGACAAGUCCUAUGAGGCUUACUCACGAUCUGAGUACGAGCAGAUCAAGUCCUGCACCCUCCGUGGUCUCCUAGACUUUAAGUUUGACGACUGCACCCCUGUGCCCAUUGACCAGGUCGAGCCCUGGACUGACAUUGUUCGCCGAUUCUGUACUGGUGCCAUGUCCUACGGUUCCAUCUCCAUGGAAUCUCACUCUACCCUGGCUGUUGCCAUGAACCGACUUGGCGGCAAGUCCAACACUGGUGAGGGUGGUGAGGAUCCUGAGCGAUCUGAGCGCCUGCCCAACGGCGACACCAUGCGUUCGGCCAUCAAGCAGGUUGCCUCUGGCCGAUUCGGUGUCACCUCUGCCUACCUGGCCGAUUCCGACGAGCUUCAGAUCAAGAUGGCCCAGGGUGCCAAGCCCGGUGAGGGUGGUGAGCUUCCCGGCCACAAGGUGUCCAAGUCCAUUGCCCGAACCCGUCACUCCACUCCCGGUGUCGGCUUGAUCUCGCCUCCUCCCCACCACGACAUUUACUCCAUUGAGGAUCUCAAGCAGCUGAUCUACGAUCUGAAGUGCUCCAGCCCUCGAUCCCGAGUCUCCGUCAAGCUCGUGUCUGAGGUCGGUGUCGGUAUCGUCGCCUCUGGUGUCGCCAAGGCCAAGGCCGACCACAUCCUGAUCUCUGGUCACGAUGGUGGUACCGGUGCCUCGCGAUGGACUGGUAUCAAGUACGCCGGUCUCCCUUGGGAGUUGGGUCUGGCCGAGACUCACCAGACUCUGGUUCUCAACGACCUCCGUGGUCGUGUUGUUGUGCAGACUGACGGUCAGCUCAAGACUGGUCGUGAUGUUGCCAUUGCCUGUCUGCUUGGUGCCGAGGAAUGGGGCUUUGCUACCGCUCCUCUCAUCGCCAUGGGCUGCGUCUUUAUGCGCAAGUGCCACUUGAACACUUGCCCUGUUGGUAUUGCUACCCAGGACCCUGAGCUGCGCAAGAAGUUUACCGGUACCCCCGAGCAUGUCAUCAACUUCUUCUACUACGUGGCCAACGAGCUCCGAGCCAUCAUGGCCCAGCUUGGCUUCCGCACCAUCAACGAAAUGGUCGGUCACGUCGAGGUCCUCCGUAUGCGCGACGACCUGCGAACCAACAAGACUGCCAACAUUGACCUGUCUCUCCUCCUGACCCCGGCUCACAAGCUCCGACCCGGUGUCGCCACCUUCAAUGUCCGCAAGCAGGACCACAAGCUCUACGUCCGACUCGACAACAAGUUGAUCUCCGAGGCGGAGUUGACUCUCGAUAAGGGUCUCCCCUCGAGAAUCGAGUGUGACAUUGUCAACACUGACCGAGCUAUGGGUACUUCCCUCUCGUACCACAUCUCCAAGCGAUAUGGCGAGGCUGGUCUCCCCUUGGACACCGUCCACGUCAACAUCAAGGGUUCCGCUGGUCAGUCAUUCGGUGCUUUCCUGGCCCCUGGUGUUACCCUGGAGCUCGAGGGUGAUGCCAACGAUUACGUCGGCAAGGGUCUGUCUGGUGGUCGUUUGAUCAUCUACCCUCCCCGCAAUGCCGUUUUCAAGGCUGAGGAGAACGUCCUGAUCGGAAACGUCUGCUUGUACGGUGCUACUACCGGUAGCUGCUUCUUCCGCGGUGUUGCUGCCGAGCGUUUCGCUGUCCGAAACUCCGGAGCCAUCGCUGUUGUUGAGGGUGUCGGUGACCACUGCUGCGAGUACAUGACUGGUGGCCGAGUUCUUAUUCUCGGCAACACUGGCCGCAACUUUGCGGCUGGUAUGUCUGGUGGUAUCGCCUAUGUCCUGGAUGUCAACCAUGACUUCCACAACAAGCUCAACACCGAGAUGGUUGAGGCCAGUGCCGUCGAGGAUCCCACCGAGAUCGCCUUCCUCCGCGGUCUCAUCGAGGACCAUCACCACUACACUGGAUCUGAGCGUGCGGCUCGCAUCCUGGUUGACUUCAACAGAGCUCUGCCUCGCUUUGUCAAGGUGCUGCCUGUCGACUACAAGCGCGUCCUGGAGGAAGAGGCGGCCAAGGCUGCCGAGGCCAAGCGAGCCGAGUACAACCUUCCUGCCGUGUCUGGUGUCCACACCAAGAAGCCCGAGAAGGCCACUAAGCUCCUGGACCUGGAGGAGGCUGUUGGCGACAACGCUGCCGAGAAGAAACGCGCUCUGGUGCUUGACAAGACCAAGGGUUUUAUGAAGUACAAGCGCCGUGCUGAAAAGUACCGACCUGUUACUACCCGUCUCAAGGACUGGGCAGAGCUUAGCUCUCGCCUUGAAGAGGACGAGCUCAAGUACCAGUCUGCUCGCUGCAUGGACUGUGGUGUUCCUUUCUGCCAGUCCGAGACUGGAUGCCCUAUCUCCAAUAUCAUUCCCAAAUGGAACGAAUUGGUGUUUCAAAACCAGUGGAAGGAUGCCCUUAACCGUUUGCUCAUGACCAACAACUUCCCCGAGUUCACUGGCCGUGUGUGCCCCGCCCCUUGCGAGGGCGCUUGCGUCCUGGGCAUCAACGAGGACCCCGUCGGUAUCAAAUCGAUCGAGUGUGCCAUUAUCGACCGUGGCUUCGAGAUGGGAUGGAUGGUUCCUCAACCUCCCAAGGUCCGCACUGGCAAGACCGUCGCCAUCAUUGGUUCCGGUCCCGCAGGUCUGGCUUGCGCUGACCAGCUCAACCGUGCCGGACACAACGUAACUCUCUACGAGCGUGCCGACCGUCUUGGUGGUCUUCUGAUGUACGGUAUCCCCAACAUGAAACUUGACAAGCGCAUUGUCAAGCGCCGUACCGACUUUAUGGCCGCCGAGGGCAUCAACUUCAAGACCGGUGUUGCUGUCGGCGAGGAGGGCAACCCCUCGCUCAACGACCUCCGGGCCGAGUACAAUGCCGUCGUUAUCGCCACUGGUGCCACCGUUGCCCGUGACCUUCCCAUCAAGGGCCGUGAGCUCGAAGGUAUCCACUACGCCAUGGAGUUCCUGCACAAGAACACCAAGUCUCUGCUAGACUCUGAGCUUGCCGACAACACUUACCUCUCUGCCAAGGACAAGCACGUCGUUGUCAUUGGUGGUGGUGAUACCGGUAAUGACUGCAUCGGAACCUCGCUCCGUCACGGUGCCAAGUCCGUCACCAACUUCGAGUUGCUUCCUCAACCCCCGCCUGAGCGUGGCCGUGACAACCCCUGGCCUCAGUGGCCUCGCAUCUACCGCGUGGACUACGGACACACCGAGGUCCGUCAGCACACCGGCAAGGACCCCCGUGAGUACUGCAUCAUGUCCGAGGAGUUCACCGACGACGGCACGGGCAAGGUCAAGGGCAUCAACACCAUUCGCGUGGAGUGGACCAAGUCUCCUAGCGGUGGCUGGGACAUGAAGAAGGUGGAGGGCUCGCAGCAGUUCUUCCCUGCCGAUCUUGUUCUACUUGCCAUGGGUUUCCUCGGCCCCGAGGCUCGGGUUCUCGGAGACGACAUUGAGAAGGAUGCUCGCAAGAACGUCAAGACUCCUCCUGGCAAGUACAGCACCAACAUCGAUGGUGUGUUUGCUGCUGGUGAUGCCCGCCGUGGUCAAUCCCUUAUUGUCUGGUAAGUUUAUCGAGUUUCCGUUACAAGACCAACAGCUAACAUUACUUCAGGGGUAUCAACGAGGGUCGCCAGUCUGCCCGCGAGAUCGAUCUGUACCUGGAGCAGUGCACCAGCCUGCCCGUUACUGGUGGUAUCAUCAAGCGCACUGCGCAGGAGAUUUUCAGCCAGGUCAAGGCCUAAAAUAGAUUACGAGGUGUUUUGAUAGUGAUGAUUUCUCUUCUCUCUCUUCGCAGGCAGGUAAAUGGGAGCAAUGGGGCCUAUGACGAUACCCUAAUUAUGGGGGAUUCCGGGUUUGCGCAAAAGGGAGGUGCGGAUUGUUUCUGGUUUGUUUGCUAUACCAAUUUGUAGAUGUUUGGGCUUCGAUAGGUUAGGCAUUGAUUUUAUUAAACAUUGAGUGUCUAUAAUGAGUGACUGAUACAAGUUAAGAUCUAAAGUCAAUGGGUUCUGUUAGAUUAUAGACCUAAUUAACCCUAGGGACAGUAAUAUUU